CACCACUGUAUUGGCAAUCAGCAAUUAAACUUGAUUUAACUAUUAAUUGUUUGAUGACUGAUACUGCACGUGAGAAAAUACCAGUGCUGUACAAGUAGACUGAACUGCAUUCAUCUUACUUUAAACGCGUGAAAGCUGGUAAAGACGGAUUAGUGACUUGAGGAAACACAAACAAAUAUCAUAGGUGCUAAUUAUUUGAACGUUACUCUAUUUUGUUUUCUUGCAUUGCCUUCCAUCAGCAUAUGGCUCCCUGUAUGCUCUGUAAUUCUCCCAAGAGGUAUCUAAAAACGAAAUCAUAUCACAGGAAGCAAGUAGAUGAGGUGCCUUUAAAUUUUCAGCGAGCUUUGGAUUGGCCGAGCAUAAGAUGCGCUUUAUACCAAUUGCAACCUGAGCUGAGAAAGGAGAUCCACUCCAUUCCCCAUCCUAGCUCCACCUACAGGCACAGCACCCUAACGCCUACAAUGCAGAAGGCUGAAGAAUGGGCUCUGUAUUUUUCACAUCGCUGUAAUAUAAUGGAAUAUAGUUAUUUCCGUUCAUUUGCUGGACUGGAAUAUCUCGGCUCGGAGAGGAAAUGUAGGUGAAAAGAACAUUGUUGAUGUACCGAAGAACAAUGAGCAAUCCAGUGCAGUCGUUCUGGUGGCUGCUUUUCGUCUACUUUUGCAAUGAUGUAGACGGGCAAAUUCGCUACACUAUUCCAGAGGAGUUGGAUGUGGGCUCUGUCGUUGGGAAUAUAGCAAAGGACCUCGGUGUGGAGGUUGCGGACAUACCCAACCGCAAGCUGAGGAUCGCUUCCGAGGCUGGUAAGCGGUACUUCAGCCUGGAUCUGAGAAAGGGCGAACUGGUGGUGUCUGAAAGGAUCGACAGAGAAGGUCUGUGCGAACAAAGCGUACCUUGUCUUUUGCCACUCGAAUUCGUCUUUGAAAACCCCUUACAGCUUUUUCGGGUUGAAAUCGAAAUACAGGAUAUCAAUGACAAUUUUCCAAGUUUUUUAACCGAUGAACGGGUUUUAAAGAUCAGUGAGCUUGUCGCACCGGGUGCAAAAUUUCUUUUAGACAAUGCGCAAGAUGCUGAUGUAGGGGCGAAUUCGCUGCGAUCUUAUAAGAUCAGUAAGAAUGACCAUUUCAAACUGAACAUUAAAACCCAUAAGGAUGGGUCAAAAAUUCCCGAGCUGUUGCUUGAAAAAUCUCUUGAUAGAGAAGAGCAGUCCGUUCACAGGCUUGUUUUAACCGCUUUGGACGGAGGGAAUCCACCGCGAUCUGGAACAGCGCAGAUCACUGUUAUAGUGCUAGACAUUAAUGAUAACGCCCCUCAGUUCGAAAACUCCUCUUAUGAAGCAGUUUUAAAGGAAAAUACGCCAAUCGGGACUGUGAUUCUAAAAGUCAAGGCGACAGAUAUAGAUGAGGGUCUGAACGGCGAGGUAAAAUAUUUAUUUGGUGAUCAAACGCCCGAUGCAAUAGCCUCGUUAUUUAACAUAAACGCGCAGACCGGAGAGAUCAUAGUAAACGGGCAGCUUGACUACGAGCAAACAAACGUGCACAAGUUUGAUAUAUUGGCAAGAGACAAAGGCAAUCCGGAGAUGGAGGGCCACAGCAGUGUUCAGAUUGAUAUUAUGGAUGUUAACGACAACGUACCUGAAAUAACAAUCACCUCACUGACCAGUCCUGUACCGGAAAAUUCUACUAUUGGAACAGUAAUUGCUCUGAUAAGCGCGAAAGACUUAGAUUCGAGGGAAAAUGGGAAGGUAAAGCUAAGCGUAACACCAAGUGCCCUAUUUAAAUUAAGUCCCUCUGUGUCUAAUCACCACGCACUGAUAACAAAUGGCCUAUUAGACCGCGAAUCUUAUUCAGAAUACAACAUAGAAAUUAUUGCGACUGACUGUGGGUCAUUUGCUUUAUUUACUAAAAAGACUAUUACAGUGUCCAUUUCAGAUGUAAAUGACAACCCUCCAGUUUUUUCCCUACCUUCCUACAGUGUAUAUGUGAAUGAAAACGGGGCACCGGGAGAAAUCCUUUUUACAGUGUCUGCAUCAGAUUCAGACCUGGGCGACAAUGCGAAAAUCUCCUAUACCAUUUUAGACUCCAAAGUGCAGGAUGCGUCGGUCUCGUCAUACGUUUACAUUAAUUCAGACAACGGCAGCAUCUACAGCAUGCACUCAUUCGACUAUGAGAAACUCAAGGUGUUUCAGAUCCACGUUCAGGCCAAGGACCACGGCUCUCCGUCUCUCAGCAGCAACGUCACUGUCCACGUGUUUAUCCUGGACCAGAAUGACAAUGUCCCCGCUGUCAUUUACCCCUUUGCCGUCAUGGGCUCCGUGUCCCAUCAGAAGAUGCCGCGAUCGGCGAAAGCGGGACACCUCGUUACCAAGGUGACGGCCGUGGACGCUGACUCGGGACACAACGCCUGGGUUUCCUACAAACUGGUGGAGGCCACAGACGCCUCCCUCUUCAGUGUGAAUCUCUACACGGGGGAGGUGAGGACUAAACGAGCCGUUUCGGAGCAGGACGACUCUUCUCACAGGCUGCUCAUAGAGAUAAAGGACAACGGGGAACCGGUGCAGUCCGCCACGGUCACAGUGGGCAUAUCGCUAGAGGACGGGGUCCACGAGCCCAUCUUGGAUUUCCGGCAGCACAAAAGCCACGAACCGGCCAGUAAGAGCAAUAAAAUCACCUUUUAUUUGAUCGUCUCUCUGGCGUCCGUGUCCGCGGUGUCCUUUUUGACUUUUGCCAUUUUAGCGGUGAGAUGUAUCAGGAGCAGCGCAAGUCGUGCGUGUUGCUGUGUGAGACGGGGAGACUCGGAUGAAUACAAUAAUAAUCCCAACAGAAACCUGCACAUCCAGCUCAACACUGACGGGCCUAUUAAGUACGUGGAGGUGCUGGGAGGAGACAUGUUGUCUCAGAGUCAGUCCUUCAGGUCCUGCCUGUCUCCAGUGUCCGAGUUCAGUGACUUCACCUUCGUUAAACCCAGCAGCACCACAGAUUUUAAGGAGAUGAUAAACGUGCUUGACGCGUCACUGCCUGACAGCGCCUGGACUUUUGAGAGCCAGCAGGUGAGAAUUUUUCAUAGUUUUACAUAGUGAAAUAUUUCAUUUGUCAUGGUUUCUGUCCAUGCCAGUUUUG